AUGUUCCAGAUUCUAUUUUCCUUAGUUUUGCCCUCCAAUGAUCUUUGUCUCCUUAAAUUUGCAAAAAUUAUAUUGAAAUUUGAAGAAGAGAAACUAUAAAACGAUGUAUCCUUCACAACUUUCCUAUACUACAGUCUUAUAAACCUGAUCCCUCGCAAUGCCAUAACAAAGAGAGAAGUAUCAUAGUGAAGGUGACUGUAAGAUGAUUAGGUGAACUGAGACUGCCUAGUAGUAACUUGAACAUUCUAGCUUCUGUUCUAGCUCGAUUGAAGUAAACUUUGAAAACAUGGAAGAGAAGAUGAGUUGGUCUGCUGUUGAUGCUGUAGACUACAAGGGAUUCCCUGCUGACAAGUCUAAAACUGGUGGUUGGGUACCUGCUGCUCUGAGCCUAGGGAUUGAAAUAUGCGAGAGGCUCUCAACAAUGGGAAUAGCAGUUAACCUCGUGACAUAUUUGGGUGGAACGAUGCAUUUGCCCAGUGCAACUUCUGCCAAUAUUGUGACUAAUUUCAUGGGUACAGCUUUUCUGCUCUGUUUACUGGGCGGAUUCCUUGCUGAUUCUUUCUUAGGAAGAUAUAAGACAAUUGCAAUCUUUGCUGUCAUCCAAACUCUUGGAACCAGCAUGUUAGCGAUAUCAUCUAAACUUCCUCAGCUGCGUCCACCUCCGUGCCAUGGCCGUGAAGAUGCUACCUGCAAACAAGCAAGUGGAUUCCAAAAGGGAGUCCUUUUUCUGUCAUUGUAUUUGAUUGCACUCGGAACUGGUGGCCUAAAAUCAAGUGUGUCAGGAUUUGGAACUGACCAGUUUGACGAGAAAGACGAGAAGGAAAAUACCCAAAUGGCCUACUUCUUCAAUAGGUUCUUCUUCAUAAUUAGCACAGGGACUUUGAUGGCAGUCACAGUGCUUGUUUACAUUCAAGAUGAAGUGGGUCGAAGCUGGGGAUAUGGGAUUUGUUCCAUUUCAAUGUUUGUUGCUAUUUUGAUAUUCUUAUCUGGAACCAAGAGAUACAGGUACAAAAAGUGUUUGGGAAGUCCUAUCGUCCAUAUUUCCCAAGUUGUCAUGGCAGCUAGAAGAAAGAGGCAUCAUCAAGUGCCUUCUGAUAUCACCUUAUUAUAUGAGAGUUACCCUGAGGAAUUGAGAAUCCGUCACACAGAUCAUUUACAUUUCUUGGACAAAGCCUCUGUUAUCGCGGAAGGAGAUUAUGGAAAUGAUGGAUCUUUAGCUCCAAACCCUUGGGAACUAUGUGAGGUCACAAGGGUAGAGGAAGUGAAAAUGAUGGUCAGACUGAUUCCCAUUUGGGCAACAACAAUUAUCUUUUGGACAACAUAUGCACAGAUGAUCACUUUCUCAGUGGAACAAGCAUCAACUAUGAAGAGAUGGAUCGGAGGCUUCCAAAUCCCCGCUGGCUCACUUACUGUCUUCUUUGUAGGAGCCAUAUUGAUCACUUUGGCAGUUUACGACCGCCUGAUAAUGCCACUUUGGAAAACCUGGAAAGGGAAACCCGGCUUCACCAACUUACAAAGAAUAACCAUAGGUCUCUUCCUAUCCACAGUUGGAAUGGCAGCUGCAGCACUCGCUGAGGUGAAACGUCUAUCAGUGGCGAAAUCAGCUGGUCAGACCACGAAAGUUCUGCCAAUAAGCGUCUUCCUACUGAUCCCACAAUUUUUCCUUGUGGGCAGUGGGGAAGCAUUCAUAUACACAGGCCAGCUAGAUUUCUUCAUUACUCAGUCACCGAAAGGGAUGAAAACAAUGAGCACAGGCAUCUUCCUUACAACUCUUUCACUUGGAUUCUUCUUUAGUAGCUUGUUGGUUUCCAUCGUGGAGAGCGUUACUGGAAUUAGAGGUAGACAAGGCUGGGUAGGUGAGAACAUCAACAAAGGGAGACUUGAUUGCUUCUAUGGACUUCUAGCUAUAUUAAGCUUCAUUAACUUCGGAUUAUUCCUUGUUAGCGCCAUGUGGUACAGGCGUAGAGCAUAUAAGCAUGUUUCGGAGAUGGAAAUUGUGGGGAAGAAGAGCCCCUCGGCUGUCGAGAAGUGCUAGUUUUGAGUCAUAAGAUCACUUACCAGUUUAUGUGUGUCAUUUCUUUUUUGUACCUGUGAGUUUUUGCUUAUUAUUGGAAUUGGAUAAGGUAAUUACACUUUGAAAAAGCACAAGAUUGUAAGAUCAUAAAUGAUUGUUGUAUAUAUGUUGAUGCUAUGAUGUUCAGAAAAGAUUUACAUACCCUUUUGUUCUUAGAGAUUA